GGGAGCUCACGCUCCCCUGGCUGCCGGGCGGCCAGGCAUGCGCCCCGGGCAUUUUGGCGGGAAGCGAGGGGUGGGCCGGACAAUGAGAUUGUCCGUCGCCUGAGCCAAUAAAGCUGCACUGGUUUUGAAUCACGGCGCGUUUCCCGCCGCUGGGGUCAGAGGUCAGGGUUCGGGUCGCGGGGCGGAGGGAACUGCAGGCGAGCGGGAGGCGCCGGCGCCAGACGCGGAGGGAAGGAGCUACGAACAGCCGCAGAGAGGCCGCGGAGCCAGCGACGACCAAGCCAGCCGAGCCGCUGCCGCCGCCGCCGCCGCCGCUGCUGCCGCGCCUCCAUGGCGGCCGCCAAGGACACCCAUGAGGACCAUGAUACCUCCACCGAGAAUGCAGAUGAGUCCAACCAUGACCCUCAGUUUGAGCCUAUAGUUUCUCUUCCCGAGCAAGAAAUUAAAACGCUGGAAGAAGAUGAAGAGGAGCUUUUUAAAAUGCGGGCAAAGCUAUUCCGGUUUGCUUCAGAGAACGAUCUCCCAGAAUGGAAGGAACGAGGCACUGGCGACGUCAAGCUCCUGAAGCAUAAGGAGAAAGGGACCAUCCGCCUCCUCAUGAGGAGGGACAAGACCCUGAAGAUAUGCGCCAACCAUUACAUCACUCCAAUGAUGGAGCUGAAGCCAAACGCGGGCAGUGACCGCGCCUGGGUCUGGAACACCCACGCCGAUUUUGCCGAUGAACGCCCCAAACCGGAGCUGCUGGCCAUCCGCUUCCUUAAUGCUGAAAAUGCACAGAAAUUCAAAACAAAGUUUGAAGAAUGCAGGAAAGAGAUUGAAGAGAGAGAAAAGAAAGCAGGAUCGGGCAAAAUUGAGAAAGUGGCUGAGAAAGUGGCUGAAAAGCUAGAAGCUCUUUCGGUGAAGGAGGAGAGCAAGGAGUCUGAAGAUGAGACCAAGGAGAAAGCUGAGGAGAAGCAAUAAGUCCUCUGCCCUUGUUUUCUUUUCCUUCCUUUCUUUUCCUUUUUUUAAAAUUUUGCCCUGCCCCUUCUUUUUGAUUUGUUUUUAUUCUGUUUUGUUUUUACAAGGGACUUUAUAUAAAGAACUGAAUUCCAACAGUCAGGUGUUUUUUUCUAAGUUUUUGCCCUAUUGAAGAUGACUUCAGAAAAUCCAUUCCCCAGUCAUGUACUGUGCUAACUUUCUUUUCCAUAGUGGAAACACUUAUUUAUAGUCAUCAAAAAUAGUGAAUAAACAACACAUUUGAAACCUG